GGGGCGGAGCUGAGGUGGGGGCGGCUGAGACGACAGCGGUGGCAGCGGUGACGGCGGCUCUGGAGGCCGCAGUCCCUGUCCUGGCUUCGGCCCCAGCCCCACCAUGGUGACGCUCGCUGAGCUGCUGGUGCUCCUGGCCGCCCUCCUGGCCACGGCCUCGGGUUACUUCGUCAGCAUUGACGCGCAUGCCGAGGAGUGCUUCUUCGAGCGGGUCACCUCGGGCACCAAGAUGGGCCUCAUCUUCGAGGUGGCCGAGGGCGGCUUCCUGGACAUCGACGUGGAGAUUACAGGGCCUGAUAAUAAAGGAAUUUAUAAAGGAGACCGGGAGUCCAGUGGGAAAUACACAUUUGCUGCUCACAUGGAUGGAACAUAUAAGUUUUGUUUUAGCAAUAGGAUGUCCACCAUGACUCCAAAGAUAGUGAUGUUCACCAUUGAUAUUGGGGAGGCCCCCAAAGGACAAGACAUGGAAACAGAAGGUGGUGGAGAUACCUGGGAUGCUCACCAAAACAAGCUAGAAGAAAUGAUUAAUGAGCUCGCAGUGGCAAUGACAGCUGUAAAGCAUGAACAGGAAUACAUGGAAGUUCGGGAGAGAAUACACAGAGCAAUCAAUGACAACACAAACAGCAGAGUGGUCCUUUGGUCCUUCUUUGAAGCUCUUGUUCUAGUUGCCAUGACAUUGGGACAGAUCUACUACCUGAAGAGAUUUUUUGAAGUCCGGAGGGUUGUUUAAAAAGCCUUUUCCUGAUGAUCUGAAACUCAUAAUUCACUGUUUACCAGACAUCUUGGUCAUAAUAAUGUCAUUAGUUUCUAUGUUUUUAUUUUCUAAACUGUACAUUCACAGCUUCUGUUUCUUUGUGAUUAAUAGAUAUUGGGGGAAAACACUUUUUUAGGAAAGUUAUAGUGAAAAUUUGACAUGUGAUUGGCAUGAUUUCAUAUUUCAGUUCUUUCUCCAUAUACAGGUCCUUCCAGAACUCAAACACUGUAAGUGGAAUUAGGUGUAUAGUCCUUAUUAUAUCUUCUUUCCUUUUGUUUUCAUAGUAAAAUGCAGUUUGUUCAGGAUAGUACUUUACUGAUAGUACUUUACUAAAAAUGACUGCAUUCUUGGGAUCCCUUAUCCUGCAGUUCAAGUCAUUAAAGGUUCAUUUUGUUGUUGAGUCCUUAUCAGAAACAACAAUCUGAAUCUUGACAUGUUCUAUCCAGCCUAAUGGCAGAGCUCUGUGACUAGAGGAUGCUACCAGGUUGGUACUUUUAUACUUUGUCUGUCUUGUUUUUGCUUUAAAGAUAAGACUUAAACCAACAACCUUUUUCCCCUUUAAAGUUUUACUUUGCUUAGAACUCAAUCACCUCCACUUAAAAUUGUUGACACAAGCAGCUAAUAACCAUUUUUUGGUUUCCGCCUAACCUUGUAAGAAGUCUCUAUUAAAGCCAAUUCUCUGGGUGGUGCAGCGAACGGUGGUUCUUUUUCUUUCUAUGCUGGCACGUCCACUUUCUCUACUCUUGGCACGGAGGAGGUAUGCGUUCACAUAAUUGGAAAAAUCUGGAUUUCUGAAGCCAAAGGGUUAAAAGCCUCUUGGAUUUCUUUGCAGUGAUAUACAGCCACUAUUUUAUUUUUGAUCAGUGGCAUUUUGGCCACUGUUUAAUUAGUGUACUGAGCAUUACUGUCAGUACUAGGGUGUUUGUUUUUGUUUUUCUUGGGUCUUUCUUUUUUGGCACAUGUGAAUUUUGUAUAAAACGAAAUGACUUUCUCUUGGCCUCUGAUGAUGGGUUUAAAAUUAAAGGAGCAUCUAGUUUUGGUGUGGGGAUGAUCCAGGAUUAUGUUGUGACUGAUGUAUAUUGAUUACUUGUACAUUUGUUUUGGAUCUUUGCAAGGGGAAAACUACAAGUAACGAGUUUUAUAUAAUUAAUUUAAAUUUGUUACAGGUUUUCAUGUUCAGGAUAAACAAUUUUUCAACCUUGGGUGAAAAUACUUGCAACAGUUUAAGGUGACUGUGUUUUACCUUAGGACAACUGUUGCAUGCCAAUUUGUGUGCGUGUGUGUGUGAAAACACUUCAAAAUUGAGUUAAAAGAUGUACAUUUAAAAUUGGUUGUGUAUCUAAUCUGCCCCAGGUCCAGUAAAUAAACAAUUCUUUUUAAAAACA